CAAUCUAUGAGUCAUUUCAUAAUGUCUAUAAGUAGUUAAGGUGAGAUAGAGUAUGAUAGUAUAGUUAAGUCUUGAAUUCUUCUCCAAUUGCUAUUCUUGUUAUUCUCCUUCUUUUCUAUUGUCCCUUCAUAGUACACAAAAAUGGCCAUACCACCCACCACACCCUCCUCACCAUCCCCCAAAUUCGCAAAAGUCGGCCUCAUUCCUUGGGAUCCAGACUCUCCGUCCCACGUCGAGAGAUUAUUCAACCAACGAGUAGUCUGUACCUGGAACUCAGAAUACGUAGAAUCAUGGCGAGAAAAACAGAGACAGGGCGCUAUUACCCUUCAAUGGAUCGUCCUACCAAUUACUACCGUCUCUCGCGAUGAUCUUCAUAAGCUCCACACAACGCAAUUCCCCUUGGAAUCAGAACCAUUAAUCGAUUCAGCAACAACAUUCAACGCACUCCCUCGUACCCCACCCUCACCACCCCACUCCUUCCUCCCCAUCGGCCACAUAGCCCUCGAAGUUCAGCCAUCCUCCCCCAUCUCCUCCUCUCCCCCCUCCACCUAUAAAAUAUCUGGUCUCUACAUUUCCGGCGCCAUGCGCAGCUUAGGUCUAGGUCGCGCAACCAUGGAUACAAUCGAAGCACUUGCCUCUUCGCCCCCGAUUUCUGCGAGGAAAUUACUACUAGAAGUUAUAGCGAAUGAAUAUCCAGGGAAGGAAGAACGGAAUGUUGCGCUGAAAAUAGAGAAGCAGCCGGUGGAGAGACAGGAUUGGUAUGCUAGGAGGGGGUAUAGGAUUGUGGGGAUGAAGGAUGGGAUGUGGCCUGAAAAAGAUGAGGAGGGGAGGGUGUGGACGGCUAGGUGUUUGUUUAUGGAAAGGGUUGUGGGGUAGAUGGAAGGGAAGUUAUUGUGUUUAGGGAGUUUAGAGGCAGUGGGGUACGGACAAUACAGUUAAAGAGACUGGCAUAGAAAAGAAGACGGGCGAGAUUGUCGCAAGAUGCGGCACGCGACUCGCUAAAGCUUCCUGAAAUCUUACAAAAAUAGUUUUGAAAACUUAUAACCAAGUAUACAGGAGCUAAACAAUCUAUACCUUCUCUUCUGUUGCACAUCUGAAAUUCUGUCGCGGUGGAAGAUUGGUAGUCAGUAGGCACUUUGGUUUGGUUUUGUUGCAUAUCUAACCGCGACGGGGAAUUGGCUACAUCUAUCCCCCCGGUGGUAUUUCGCUGGUCCCCGAGAUUCCCGUGGCGGGACUUUUAGAUCACGCUAUAUUGCAUGUCCAAAACCUUUUAUCGCAGAAUUAGGUUGGGCUAUUUCUUGACCUUCUGUUGCAUAUCUAAGUCUUCUACCGCUGUGGAGCAUAGUUUGUUCUUUUGGACUUUUGUUUCGUGUCCCCUCUAAUCUCGUUGUAGAAUUGCAGAAUCUGUUGAUCUCCGGGGAUUUUCGUCGCGAUGGAGGUUAAAGUCUACUAGUUCUCUGUCGUAGUAAGGUAGAUCAGAACCAGGAUUGAGUACGAUCCGCUGUGGUGGGAAGUGGGUGGCUUAGGUUUGGACUUUUGUUGCAUAUCUGAUUCCAUUCCAUUUCAUGGUGGAAUCUUGAUUCCUUUGGGGAUUCGGGUUGCAUAUCUAACACUUUUCUACGACGGGACGAGGGGUAAUUGUAUAUCUCCUUCUCAUUCUUUUGGGGUAUCCGAAAGGAUUGGUUCUGUUGCACAUCUGAGAUUCUUCCAUGACGGUAAACGGGGGCUUGUGAGCUUCUUUUGUACGGUCUUCGAAUAUGGAUGCUCGGUUGUUGCAUAUCUGGAUUUCCUACGAUUAUAAUAAGGGUUACUUACCUAUAUGUCUAGUUUCCACCGUGUAGAGCCUGUCACUUUAAAAUUCAUAGAUCGAUCCACAUCUGCAACUCUCUGUGUUGGGGUAUGUGCUACUUCUGGACUUUUGUUGCAUAUCUGAU